AUCGCCUCAUAUCCAUCAGCUCGAGCUACUCCCAACGAACUCACAUAAGGCGCGAAGCAAUGUAUUGUCAAUGUAGAGCAAAGGCAGGUAGGCUAAUGAUGUGCAGUGCGAAGGAGGUGGUGCUGCUCACCCAGGCGCGCACGUUAGCUUCACCCACCACGGCGUUAUCGCGUCCCUCUAACGUACGCCCGUCACCGGAUCCUAACCGCUCUCUCGUAACCUUGACCACGACCAACGAUCCUCUCGAGGUCGAAGCCAUAUUUCAGCAAAAGCGGUCGCUUCGCUCCAAAAUACGCAAGGAGCUCAAGAACAUGGACCCAAUCCGGAGAUCCGAAGAAGAUAAUGCAAUUCAGAGUAUUGUUUUGGGAGCUCCGUGGUUCAAGGCUAGUAAGAGUUUUUGUGCUUAUAUAAGCUGUGCCGCUUUACGAGAAGUGGAUACGUCAAGAAUUGUCUCAGAGGUUUUAUCCAAACCAAUCGAAGGUUUGUUUUGCAUUGCAUUUUCAAUGGUUGACAUUUGGCAAUGGUAUGUGAGAUGA